GCCCUAAUUUAAAUAUAUUAUUUAAGCUAUGUAAGAAAUCUGUGAUUCUUAUUCUUUGUGAUGCUUUCGUUGUUGUAUAAAAUGGUUAAAUAGAACCUAGCCAGUGGUUCAACAUGGAUUAUACACAUAUGCAAGUACAUAAUAGCACAUAAUAUCGAUAUAUUAUUUUACAUCAAAUGUUUAGAUAAUAUUAGAUACAUCUGUAAUAUGGUAAUGUGGCACUACACAAUUAUCGUCUAAAGAAGAACGGUUAAACUCCAAAGAUCUAGCAUAACACCACCCUGUCGAGAAUACAAUACAUUUACAUUCAGUCAUUGAGGUAAACAAUAGAAGCAAUUGGACCAACAUAAGGACUACAAAAAGCAUAAGUGCAGUAAAAACAUGUCUCAUAUAGCCUACCACAGUAUACAAAGCCAAUGUUUUUAAGGAUAUAGGAGUAGAACAAUAGAGUAAUAGGCCUACAAAUCAAUUAGUGUCCAAAUAUCAUUAUGAACCAUUAUCAACUGCUUACUAUUAAACCCCAUUACAAAAUGCCUGUGUGUUUUGGCCACAAUAUUCAAAUGUUCUAAUUUACUGGUUUUCAUCCGCCAAACAUCACACCAAUAGAAGCCGACACAUUAAGAGUAGGGACCAUUAUAGUUCCCAUUAAAACCAAUACAAUUUCCACUUAAACCAUUAGGAUUUCUGUGACAGUUUACAGUUGUUUGUUUCAACAGGGUUGGUUUUGAAAUGUCAGCGCAAACUCAUAGUCUUGACAUCAUUACGCUGUGUAGUGUGUGGAUGAUGGGUGUUGAGUCUGCAUAGGAUGCGCUGUUGUCAGGGAGAAGUGCAAGUCACCUUCACGCGGUUGGCUCACGAGCCCGUGUCUAACGCAGACGUUCACACAACCACACCAACCACUGACGGCGGUUCCGAUCCCAGCUUUACAACGCCUGGCCGCGAAAUUAACAGUCCAACCGGGAGGACGGAGCGCGGGCUGUUAUUUAUCGCCGUCGUUGGCGUGAAUGAGAAUUUGCAGAAACGCUGAGAUGAUGACAAAGCCGAUGAUGGGUUUAUCGCUCCGGUGAAAGCGGGCGCUAAAGAGAUUUAAUGCGCCUCUGAAUGCAUUAACCCCGUCACCGGCGGGCGCAGGCACGACAGGAUAUCUCGGCGUCUCCUGCUCGGACCGGAACGCCGUUACACCGUCUCCUGUGAGGUUUCCCUGGACUGUUUACCCCAGCCAUGGCUCUGGUGACUCUUCAGCGCUCACCGACACCCAGCGCCGCAUCAUCAGCCAGCACGAACGCGGGGGAGGAUUUGGGCAGUGAGGAUGAUCGAAAGGCAAAUUUAAGCUUAAGUGAAAGCUUCUUCAUGGUAAAAGGGGCAGCACUGUUUUUACAGCAGGGCAGCAGUACACAAGGGCCCAGAUCACCAACCCAUCACAAAAAUGCUGGUGAUCUACCGCAGCAUCUACAAGUAAUGAUCAACACCCUUCGUUCUGAGGACAGAAUUCGACUGGUUGUAAGGUUAGAAAGUGGGUGGACGGAUCAUGUGCGGUACUUGGUGGUUGUCUAUACAAAUGGCCGUCAAGACACUGAAGAGAACAUAUUGCUUGGGUUGGACUUCACAGAUAAGGACAGUAAAAGUUGCUCUAUUGGGAUGACUCUUCCACUCUGGAGUGAUACCAAGAUCCACUUGGAUGGAGACGGAGGUUUCAGUGUGAGCACUGCAGGAAGACUGCAUGUGUUUAAACCUGUGUCAGUCCAGGCCAUGUGGUCUGCAAUUCAGGUUCUGCACAAAGCAUGUGAGGUGUCCCGCAGAUACAACUAUUUCCCAGAGGGAAUGGCCCUUACCUGGGUGGGCUAUUAUGAGAGCUGCAUCUCCUCAGAUCAGAGCUGUAUCAAUGAGUGGAACGCUAUGGAAGAUCUGGAGACCCCGAGGCCUGAUUCGCCAUUAAUGUUCUCUGAUAAGCCAACUGAGAGAGAGAGAACAGAGUGUAUGGUCAAAGCCAAACUCAGAAACAUAAUGAUGUUUCAGGACCUGGAAAAUAUUACUUCCAAAGAGAUCCGAAAUGAGCUGGAACAACAUAUGAGCUGCAACCUCAGGGAGUAUAAAGAGUUUAUUGACAAUGAGAUGCUUCUUAUCCUUGGCCAGAUGGACAAGGCUACACUCAUAUUCGACCAUCUGUACCUGGGUUCAGAAUGGAACGCAUCCAAUUUGGAGGAGCUCCAAGACUCUGGGGUUGGGUAUAUCCUUAAUGUCACAAGAGAGAUUGACAACUUUUUCCCAGGUACCUUUUGUUAUCAUAACAUCCGCGUUUAUGACGAUGAGACCACGGAUCUGCUAGCACACUGGAACGAAACUUACAACUUCAUAGUUAAAGCCAAGAAAAACAACUCUAAAUGCCUCGUACACUGCAAGAUGGGAGUGAGUCGGUCAGCAUCCACUGUUAUUGCAUAUGCCAUGAAGGAGAACGGAUGGUCGCUUGAAGUGGCCUACAAUUUCGUCAAACAGAAGAGGAGUAUAGCACAACCAAAUCCAGCUUUUAUGAAACAAUUGGCUGAAUAUGAGGGUAUUUUAGAUGCAAGCAAUCAACGACACAACAAACUUUGGCAACCAGAGGGUGACGAGUAUUCAUUGGAGGGCCUCCAGGCUUCAGGUGGCAGUGGCGACCAGACUCCUCAAUUUUCGUCACUGUGCCCUGAUCAGGAGGACGCCGCUUGGUGUCACGGAGGAGCGAGUGCCUCCCCCUGCUGUGGAGACGAGCCUACAGACCAUCUCAAUUACAACUACUACUUCCGGCGGCUCUCGGACACUGCCCUGGACAGCGAGCCCUCCACGCCAGUCCGAGGUCCUCCUCUUUUAGGCAUGGAACGGGUCUUUAUUGAAAUCGAGGAUGUCGAGAGGGAUGCGUUGUUGGACGAUGAAGGCUUCCCCUUGGCCCACCUGGCCCUUCCCGGGGAGGGCACAGCAGCUCAGACCUGCAGCCGCCUGGAGCCUCUGGAGGACAUGCGCUUGCGGCUGGAGUUUAGCACGGUUGAGGAGGAAGACGAGGAGGAAGCACAAAAGGAGGAAGCGGAGAUGGCAGCAUUAGCUCGUGGUGAGGAGACGCCGCAUGAAGACGAUGGCCUGGCUAACUUGAACCGCUUUAACAACGAGAACGCCAACAACAGCAACAGGCUGGCUGGGAAACGCAGCUGCCCUUCUGGCUUUGACGACAGUGCUAGCAUUGGAAACCCCUUCAAAGUGAAGCCCUCAUAUCAGUCGUGCCGAGACUGCCUGCGCCUGCCUGGCGGCCGCCGCUGUGAGCGUCGCACCCAUCGCCUUAACCUGCCGCGUCACGCUGGCCUGCCCAGUAUCUCCAUGCAGGCCCCUGGAGGAAAGCUAUUCCGUACCGCCUCCAUCAAUAAGGUGCCUGCCCCUCGGCAUCACGUGUGCAGCAGGCACUGCCAGUGUACUCGCUGCUCCAACAGGGCCAGAGCUUCUGCGGUGGUGAGCUUGAAAACUUACCGUAAGCAACUCUCUUUGCCUACGAGCAACAAAAACCUUCCUCAGGAUUUGCGUUGUUCCUUGGAGACCGAUGACAUGGAAAGGCAAAAUAUGGAAGAGGCUGGGAACAAGGACUGCAACAGCCCUACAGCAGAGCUUACCCUUCUAAGUCUCAGUCUGGGUGCUGAGAGGUUUUCGACGGAACUCAAAGAGACACCAAUCCUUCUACAGACAUCCACGCUGGUGCACCAAAGACUGGAGCAACUGUCUGGUCCUCAGUCAGAACAGAUGGACUUAAGUGUACAGAACACUGCCACAGAGGACAUGGAAGUGGAUGAGAGUACCAUCCCCAACAUGUACCCUGCUCAGCGCCGUGGAUCUAGUGAACUACAGCAGACUUUCACACCACGCUCCUCCCCGCAGAGUUCGGCCCUGACACGGAGCUCCAGCAACGACAGUCUGCAGAGGAUACAGGAAGGGCUGCCGGGCUUGGUACGUCAGCGAGCCCAAGAGAUCGAGACUCGUGUGCGGCUCGCUGGGCUCACUGUGCCCUCUGAACUCAAAAGGUCUAACUCACUGGCUAAGCUAGAUGAUUUGGCCAUCUCAACAGAGGACCUUUGUGCCACAGUCGCCGUUGACAAUGAGCGAGACUGCGUGCAACCCUCUUGCUCUCCAAAGCUCUCUCUAUCUCCAAGUGUAUUGCAGAGCUUGAAAAGCUGACUUCUCAAAGAUGACAGAACCGCUUUCUCAGUGAAUGGUACCAUGACACACUGGAAAAGCCUUAAAGCCAUUGAUAGCUACGAUGGAGGCCCAUGCUGCAAGACAACUCAUGAGAACAAUCAGGCCAGGGAUGGACCUUCUUUCAGAAUCCCUUUACAUAACUGCACUGCAUUUCUCAUAUGUCUGUCUGUGCUUUGACUAAGAUGUAUAAUAAAGAAGCAUGAUAAGGCUUGGACCUUUGUUCAUGGCUUUGUUAGUAAUGCUUUCCUUUUAGUAGACAGAUUACCCAUCUGUUAAUGACGUAAUCCACACCUGUCAAAAUCUUUAUUUUCCUAACUCCUCUUAUCAAUUUGUGUUGAGUUGUUUGUUCAGAUAUGUGUUUGAUCUCGAUGAUUUAUGUUUGUCUAACUUAAAGGGAUAGUUCACCCAAAAGAUGAAAAUUGUGUCAUCAUUUUUGUUGAUAUUUGGAAGAAUCUUUGUAUCCAAACGGUUCUUCCACACUAUUGACUACUAUAAUAAGAAAAAAAUCCACUUUGGUAGUCAACUGUUUAGUAAACCACUUUUCCUUUUAAUAUCAUUCAGGUGUUAUACAAAUUUAUACAGAUGUGGAAUGACUUAUGUGUGAGUAAAUGAUGACAAAAUGUUAAUUUUGGGGUGAACUAUUCCUUAAAUAUUUUUUUUCACUUUUCUUGUCAAUCAAAGAUGUCGAUAAGUUUACAUUUGACUGCCCAGUUUAUUUGCCAGUAACUUUUAGCUUAUUGUUAAAAAUUAGAAUAAGAAGUAGAAAAUUCAGAUUCAGAUAAGGGUUCACUACAUUUUCAGAAAGAAGGUACAAAAGCUGUCAAAGUUCCUAAUAUUUAAAAUUUAGAUUCAGAUGUUUAAAUAUAUAUAUAUAUAUAUAUAUUUGGUACCAAUAUUGAGGUACUAAUAUACACUCUUCAGUUGUAAAGUAAACUUUUUGAAAAGACACCACCCCAGGGACAGCUUUUGUAACUUUUCUGGGAGUUUGGGGACACGUUUCAAUAUAGACCAGUUAAUCCUCAUGUUGUUACCAACAAUGAUCCUUAAAGAGUUAACAUUACAAUGUCCUUAAAAUGACAUUUCAUGCAGUAUGUAAUGUUUCUGUGUGUGAAUGUAAGCAGUCUGCCAAGUUGUAAAGCUGAAAGUGAACAAAUAACAACUUAUUGGCCUGGGAAAAAAAAGAGUAGACUCUGACAAGUUGUCUGUCGUUCUAAUUUCAGUUCGGGGUCGGAUUGGCGUCACUCAGUGUAAUGCCUGCCUACAUUCCAUCUGUGACAUUGCACGUGGUAGAAUACCAAUUGAGAUAUUAAAAUUGUUUAGAAUUUGUGCAAACAAUUAUCACAUAAACUAAGCCGCAUAAUUUUUGAGUAUCUCCAGUCAAAAAUGCAAAAUUACUGUGUUUCUUAGAACUCUCUAUUUUGCUUCCAUUCUGUUGUUUAUGAAAACAAGAUCUGAAAUGCUAUUAGCACAUAGCACUUGUAAUGUAAAGAAGCUUAAGCUGUUUAUUGUACAAAUUGCAACCUGUGAUGUGCAAAAAAGGCUUCAACAGCAACACAUUAGUUCGACAGUCAUCUAGUUGACCAGAGGAUGUUAAAAUAUGUUACUAAAAUCCUUUAAAGGUGUCUGCAAAAUUGCUAUGAAUAAUAACAUCUAGGUUACUCAUAAUGCUGUAUAUUCAGUGUUUACAGGCCCAAGCAGUGUUAUCUCAUAUAAUUGAGGGCGUAGAGAUUUAUCAGAGCUUAUCGAUUUAUUACCAUUCAUUGUAUUAUUUGUGUACUGGACAAUUCAAUUUUGCUUAGUGUUCAAUUAUUCAUUGAGCCUUUUAAUGAGUUUUAUGUGAGUCUAUAUGUUAUUGAACUGUAUUGUCUACCAAGGUUUUAUUAUUUUUUUUAUUUGAAAGAUUUACAAUAUGCAAAGUGGCCUGUGCAAUAAGUAUAAGUGAGAAUCAUUUUUAUCAUUCAUUUAUUUUACUGAAUAAUGUGAAAAGUAGGUUUUCAUUCUCAUUUAGAAAGAAAUGAGAGGUGAAAGAGAAGCACCUUGAGAAAAAUGUGAGUAAAACAUUUUUGGGGGGUUAAGUCCACAUUGUCCUCCAACAGAUAUUAAGUUUAAUACCUAUUUUAAAAUUGCUAUUGUGAAAUUGGCCUUUCUGUAUUGUCUUUUUAAUUUAUUUUUUCCAUUAGUUUAAAUAUGAAAAAUAUUAUUUUCGCCAAGAAAGAUAGCCUCCCAAAGAGAGUUGAUGUUCUGCUUUUUGCUCAUGGCUAGUCGUACCUCGCUCCCAGCUACUGCUGCUGAUUUGAGUUCUAGAUAUUGUUUUGAUUAAACAUGCAAGUGCCUUAACUGUUGCCAUUUGCAAUCAGUUGUCUAAUGAUUUUUUGUAAAACUGCUUUUUUUCCUUCACCUGGCUAUGGUCUGGUCUCUAACGAUACUUUUAAACAAACAAAUAUUUGUCUUUUCGUUUUGAUACUACAUUUCCUAUUUUAAUAGAGGAGACCAAAGUAAUUUAUUUGUUUUCAUCUUUUGACAUGUUUGAACACACUAAACUGACAAUAACAUCAACUGGAAGAUUGUCAUUAGCCCUGCCUAAACAGCUUGUAAGUGACCUGGAACAUACAUUCUUUAUAUAUUGCACAUCAUUUGGACCAUUUUAAGUUCCGCUGCACUUUGUUUUGGUAAUAAUGUACUGUACAGUUAAGUAUAGAAAUAAAUUGUUUAUUGUCUGCAUCAGAAAUGGAUGAGAAAUGUAUUUAUUUAUAGCAUUUUGUUGAGUGGGAAUUAGUAAGGGGAAACUGUGUUGAAAUAAAA